AUUUAUUUAUUAUUUAUAUAGUUAUAGAUUUUUCUAUGAAACUUUUUAUGUAUGUGUGUAUGUGAAUAAUCCGAGAUAAUAAGUACAAUAAGUAGAGCGUUAACAUAACGUACACAUGGAUUCUGAAAGAGAAAAUGAUAAGAAAACAUCGCAUUUUGUUGGUGUCCUUGGUAUGAUUCCUCCCAAUCCUGGAAAUAUCCUUGAUAUAAAAAAUUCUAUUCGGAAAGAUAUUGAAAACCCAAAGGAAAUAAUUGUUGAGGCAAAAAACAGAACUAAACAAGACAAAUCGAUACCACAUUCCGGAAACAAUUUUUCGCGUCUCAUUUUGGAUACUGAAACCGAAUAUGAUGAAUAUGAAGAAGAUGAAAAUCUUGUCCAAUGGCAAUUACCAAAGAUGAGAAAACUACCAACACUCUCAUCAAUAUUACGUGAAUGGAGUAUGACACAGGUAUCAGUUGUUGCGCAUAUUUUACAUAAAAAUUCUAUUAAAGUAAAGAAUAAUUACAUCGUCCAAUUUAGCCUAAUUUUUUAGAAAAUAAAAC